AUAGGGCCCCCUUCUGUUUCUCAGAGAAGCCCGAAACCAAUUUUCCCCAAUCUUUGAUUCUUCGUUUCUCCCUCGUUCAGACUCCAAAUCAGGUGCCGUUUGAUCCCAGAUGCUCGUAUUCUCGUCCUCUUUCUUCUCAUGACAAAAUUACAUGAUUAUAUGGUCACAAACUGAGGUAGAAAUCCCUUCUUCUUCAAGUCAUACCCGAGUUUCUUCCCCCGAGUCGCCAAUUGAUCUCCGAUUGACUUGAAACUUGCGCCUACGCUUCACUAUAUGUGCUAGGACCUGAAAUGUGACAAAAGAACACAACCUAGCGUAAAAUAGGCCAAAUAAGCAAUAAUGCAAGCUUAAACGAUCAAGAAACAAAAGGGAAAACAUGUGCAAAUAUCGAGUCAUCAGUGCCCAUCCACUGUAAUCGCAUAUACUGUCUUAUCUUGGCAAACUAUGAGGAACAAAAAGUAUUUCACGUCACGAAACCUCUGUACAGCCCAACCCUUUGCAGCAGCUGCUGGUUUGCAAUGCUCGAGCAGUGGAACUCCGCGGCGAGCAACUAUAACUCUGCAGUCGGGGUGCGUUGGGGGAUGCGUCAUUAUGAUGGAGCACCAGUCGACAGUGUUCAACUUGGGUAGUUUGAUGGACUCCAUAGUGGCAGGAUUGAACAAACUCAAGCAUGUUGAGUUAUCGGGAGGCCCAACUUGGAAGCCAGAGAUUAACCACCCGAAAGGGGAGUGCCCAAGGACCGAGGAGUAUUUAGGAAGCAUAGCUGCAGGGAGGCGAUGCUGUGGGAAUUGCGUCGCCGUUGAAAACAAAGUCAGGUUCUUGUUGUGCACACUGACCACCCAUGGAACAUCUCUUGCAGACACUGGAAAUUUCCCUGAUAAUGACGACGACGACUUCGACUUCUUCGAUGACAUGGUUGAUUGAUCGAUCGAGAUGAAGCUAGCAAGCGAGGAACGAAGGAACCGAUAAUAAUGUCGGAAGAGAAGGCAAGGUUUAUAUAGGAGAUUAGCUUCCCGUUUCCCACUCUGAUAGGGAAAUAAAAGGCCUCUCUGAUUCCGGAAGGAUAGCCGUCAAAGUUUUUUUUCCCCCUUUUUCCGGGUGUUCUUUCCGCGGUUGGGUCGAAGAAGAAGUUGAGGCUUCUCUUCUUUCUCUCGGAUCUGGAUUCGUCGAUUGACCGGAACAUGGACCACGCAAUCAGGGACACCGCUGCCUUAUUUUCUGGAUGAUUAACUCCCAACUAAGAGGAACUUCCGAAGGGAACUUCCGAAGGGAAUCUAGAGUUUUCAAUUAUUAAUUAGUGGGGAGAGAGAGAGAGCAGGGGAGGGUCUCGUGGGUCUGGGUUUGCUCUAGGAGAGGAGAGAGCACAAGGAAAGCAUCGGAGAGAGCAGGGGACGAUUCAUCUUCUCUCUGCUCGCAUAAGUAUAGAUUUUGGUUGUUGCGAGGCAUAAGUAUAGAUUUUGCCCAUGGCUGAGAACUAGGUAUCUGAAUUUGCCUUGGUUGUAGUUUCUCUACACUCUCUUCUUAUCACAUUUUUGGGGGUUCCUAAGUUAGAGUGAGGUGUAUAUACUUUACACCGUGAUAGAAAGGUGAUGAUAUAUCUAUUUCAGUGGUAGAACAUGACAUGACCAAGAGGAAUAUAGGGACGGGUUAGCAUGCUAACCCCUUAAGGGGUUGGUUUUUUGACACUCCCCUUUUAAUUGGUCAAUUUUUCAUUAAUUAUUGACAAGUAUUAAUGAAAGUAAACAUAAUAAAUGUUCUGUUAUUAAAUACAAAGUAAGCAUUUAAUACACCACAUUAAUUACCACUUUACUGGUAUUUGUACCACUGCACUGAUACUCAGAUAUGACAUUGCUACCAGUGCACUGAUAUCGCUACCAGUGCAGUGGUAUAUCUACCAGUACAAUGGUACAACGUAUCAGUGCAGUGGUAUAUCUACCAGUACAGUGGUACAACGUAUCAGUGCAGUGGUAUAUCUACCAGUACAGUGGUACACCGUAUCAGUGCAGUGGUAUAUUUUUUGGAGGUGGUCGGAGAGAGUCUGCCGAUGGGAUUUUCACCGGAGAAGUGUGGCGGUCGGAGGAAGUCUGGUGGUCGGAGACUGCUGAAAAAUGAAAAAUCAAAUAUAGUGAGAGAAUUCCUAAUGUGUAUUUAAUGUGUGUAUUUAAUUCCUAAUGUGUAUUUAAUAGUGAGAGAAUUCCUAAUUAAUAUGGUACAUUUAAUUCCUAAUGUGUAUUUAAUGUGUGUAUUAAAUUCUAUAAUUGUAU